CUUCAUCUCAGGAGACACAGAAGAGGUAAUUGUGAGUUUUUCCUCCUGGGAAGUCCUGAGUUACUCUACCAGCGUUACAGCCUGGCCAGCAGUGAUAAUGCUUAUCAGGGUGUUCAUAUGGACACAGUUAUGACCAAAAGGGCCCGUACAGAGUUGAGAGUUUCCACAUGGCGCCAGUUUCCACAAGUUAUUUCUUGUGUCAGUCACGUGACCUGAUUUAUAAACCAGUCGAUCCAGCACAUCCAGUAUCCACAUCUGGAUCACGUCUCCUAUCCUCAGUGCCACCGUUGUUUGGCUUAUGGGAGUUACAUCGGGCUGUUUAUUUUCUUCAGUCGCUAGCUGAGGAGAGUCUCUGCUGCACGUAAAAUAAGAGUGACUGAGAAAGAGAAAAACAUCACAGAGGGAGGGAACUGGUGAGGAAGAGGAAGGAAACAAGCCUAUAUAAAGAAGAGAGUGAGGCAAAAGAAGAUAGGUGUGGUUUGUGAGGACAUUUGGGGAGAACCACAGACGCUGAACUGUGCAGUGACAGAAGCCAUCAGUCUGCAUGAGUGUGUCCAUGCAGGUAAAAAUUCAGUCUUUGUGAACUACCUGCCUGUGUGUGUGUGUGUGUGAGUGUGUGGGACCAUGUCGGGGUCUGAGAAGAGCUUUAGGGUGCGACGGUACUUCACCUUCGCCACAGGACUGGUGGAGUGUCUGUGUUUCGCUGGAGCCGUGUUCGGAUGGGCUUCGCUUGUUUUUGUCCUGAAGACGGAGGGCUACUUCAGUUCUCUGUGCGUCAACACCACAGAAAGCAAUGGAACGCAUUUCGUAGAUUGCAGUGGACAGUAUGAGCAGUUCUCCCUUGUUUUCACCAUCGCCUCCUUUAUGAACAAUUUCCUGACACUGCCUAAUGGCUUCCUCUUUGACCGGUUUGGUACCACAGUGGCUCGGCUUUUUGGAAUAUCACUUUACACUACGGGCACCUUGAUGAUAGCCUUUGUGACUCCAGCCGCGUCCAACCUGCUCUUCGCCGCUAUGUCCCUUCUGGCAGUGGGUGGCAUCUUGUUUCUGAUCACCAACAUGCAGGUUGGAAACCUGUUCGGCGCACGUCGCUCCACCAUCAUCACUCUCUACAAUGGAGCCUUCGAUUCUUCCUCAGCACUUUUUCUUGUUAUCAAGUUGUUACACGAGACUGGCAUCUCGCUCCGUGCCUCCUUCCUCUUUCUGUCCGCCUGCAGUGCCAUUCACCUGUUCAGGACUUUCUUCCUGCUGCCAAGAAAAUUCAUUCCUCACCCGCUGCCUGAUGGCUACACAUACGGGAUAACUUGUGGUAAAUCAAAAAAUCUGGGCUCAGAGCAGACAACAGCAAAUGGUGAAACACCGAGGAAGUACGACAACGUGAGCGACGUCCCUGUGAAACAAGAGAAGACAUUCCGUGAAUGUUUUCUGUCCAGGUUCUUCUUGUGGCACCUGCUCUGGUUGUCUGUAAUGCAGCUCAGACAUUACCUCUUCAUUGGCACCCUCAACCCCAUGCUACAGCGGCUGACGGCGGGAGAGCCUUCCCUGGUGAGCCAGUACAUUAAUGCCUUUGCCAUAACUCAGCUGUGCGGAGUGCUGUGUGCUCCUUGGAACGGACUCAUCAUGGACAGACACAAAGGCAAACCUCGUGCUGCAGGAGAGAGUGAACAGGAGGCAGAUCUGAGGUCCUCGGUGCUUUCCCUUUCCCUGACAGCGCUGCAGUGUGUACUGUUCUCAGUUUGUGCCUCCACCCCAUACCUGCCGCUUCAGUACCUCACCUUCAUCCUGCAGGUGCUCAACCGAUCUUUCCUUUACGGCGGCAAUGCAGCCUUCAUCAGUAUUGCUUUCCCAUCAUGCCACUUUGGGAAGCUGUAUGGUCUGGUCAUGGCUCUGUCUGCAGUGUUUUCUUUGCUGCAGUAUCCCUGCUUUGCUCUGGUGAAAGGAGCUCUGGAUGGAGACCCAUUAUAUGUGAACAUUGCUCUGACGCUGCUCAGCAUGCUCGCCUUUAUCCAUCCCCUCUCUGUCUAUCUGCACUGUCGAAGUGCCCAGCGAGCUAAAAACAGUCAGAGCAACAGAGAAACAACCAGGACUUAAAAUGUCCCUACUGACACUGUUACCUCUUCAGUUUGAUUGAUUUGUAGUGCCUGUAUGGCGGUGUUGUGAUGCCACGUGUAUUUGGCAUAUAAGUGCUUAUAAGUGCAGUUUGGGCCAUAAUCAUUAAGAACUUCUUGUUUGCCGCUUUCUGUAGUUGACACGCAUAACCUUUUACAUAGCUAUACAUCCAUCCAUCCAUUAUCUGUAAUCGCUUAUCCUCAUCAGGGUCAUGGUGGGGCCAGGGGCCUAUCCUAGCUGACUUUUUGACCCUGGGCAAGUUUCCAGCUUAUCACAGGGCGCA